AUGGGGGUUGAACCUGUGCUCCAGGGUGGCAAAAUCAUAAGCAUGAAGGUGGGCAACUGGAAAUUCAUAGACUCACUCAUGUUUAUGCCAAUGCCACUCAGUGCAAUGCCUAAAUCCUUUGGGUUGACAGAACUCAAGAAAGGCUACAUGCCUUUUCUGGCUAACAAGCCUGAGUUCUACAAAUACGAGGGGCCCAUGUUGGACAAGGCCUACUAUUGUGUCUCCACAAUGAAGGCGCCAGCAGCAAGGGAGUUCAAUAAAUGGCACGACGAGCAAGUUGAAAAGAAUUACGUUUUUAAUUUCAGACGUGAACUUUUCGACUACUGCAUUUCGGACGUGACCAUACUCCGACAGGCUUGUCCGGCGUUCAGGAAGCAGUUUCAGGAGGUGGCGGGUUUCGACCCGAUGUUCAACUGCAUGACGCUCAGCUCUGCCUGUAUGGCUGCGUUCCGCAGGAACUUCCUGAAAAAAAGACACAAUUG